GAUGCGUACGAGCUCACGCGCAUCCUGUCUGCCAACAAGACCUACGCGGAAGACUUCGAUCCAAAGGUGACCGCAGAGGCCCUGGAGAACUUCUACAAGUCGCGGAUGCCGCGUGUGGCGGGUAUCUCGUUGCUCUCGGGCUUGGCCUCGGAUCUGAUUAUCAACGCCUUUGGAACUCCGUGGUCGCCGCAUGACGUGACUCAGCCAGAGAUGCAUUGCAUUCAUUGCAAGUUUGACGGCACAAGACAAGGCAUGUUGGUGUUGAAGGAGGCUAGGAGAGCAAGCUAUUGA